AUGGACGAUGUUCGGGCACACUAUGCGGUCAAAUUUCCAGAUAGAGAACUACCAGAUAUGUCUCCCGCGGCUAUCGUAUAUGUCACUCUGCGUGCGGAGCAUCUGCCGCAAGUCCAUGAUCUCUUGCAUCGUAUGUUCUGGAUGGGCAUUGACGUCACUGAUUCCUUACAGUAUGACCCAUCGCGGGCGACUAUCAUCGCGAUCUACAAGCGCUUGGUUGUCGGUUGUGCGUUUCUCAGCUCUCCGCAGGAGACCUACAUCACCUACCUUGCCGUUCGUGCAGGUUGGGAGAACGCCCAGAUUGCAACAUCGAUGCUCUACCACCUCAUUACGCGGAAUCCACACAAAGAUCUAACGCUGCACGUCUCAGCCAAUAGCCCUGCAAUGCUCUUGUAUAACCGAUUCGGGUUCAAGGCCGAGGAGUUCAUUGUCGGUUUUUAUGAAGACUACCUUGACCCUCAAUCCCGCGCGUCCAAGAACGCCUUCCGUCUGCGCCUGCGCCGUUGA